AUGAAUAAUAGCAGCAUCAAUGUUUCAGCAGGCACAGACACUUCUGAGGAUCGAGCUCUCAAACAUUAUCCUCUCCUUUCACCCUCCCCUCUCCUCUGUAGGAUGGAAGGACUGCUGGACCAAUGGCUAUGGAAGGAGGAGUACUGGCUGCCUCCGGGGGUCACCUGGAAGGACAUAGAGAUCGAGGGGGACCGCUACCCUCUACCUCGGGACCUCUUCUACACCCUGCCGCUGGCUCUGGGCUUCAUCGUCCUGCGCUACGUCUUUGAGAGGGUCAUAGCCAUGCCACUAAGCAGACAGCUGGGGGUGAGAGACAGGGUGCGGGUUCGAGCCCUGCCUGUCCCAAAGCUGGAGACAUUUUACAAACAGAACAAACAGCAACCCUCACAGAGUGAGGUCCUGGGCCUGGGGAAGCAUUGUGGUCUCAGUCAGCGCCAGAUAGAAACGUGGUUCCGCCAACGCCGUAACCAAGACAGGCCGAGCAACACCAAGAAGUUCUGUGAAGCCUCUUGGAGGUUCGUUUUCUACCUCAUUGCAUUUGUAGCAGCGUUUGCCUCCCUGAUUGAUACCCCCUGGUUCUGGGACCACAGAGAGUGCUGGCAGGGCUACCCCAAACAACCUGUCGCUGAGGCUCACUACUGGUAUUACAUCACUGAACUGGGUUUCUAUUGGUCCCUGCUGCUCUGUGUCACUGUGGAUGUGAAGCGGAAGGAUUUCAAGGAACAGAUCAUCCACCACGUCGCUACCAUUUUGCUCAUCGGUUUCUCGUACUGUGCCAAUUAUGUGCGCGUUGGCACACUGGUGAUACUAGUCCAUGAUUCUUCAGACUUCCUCCUGGAGUCUGCCAAGAUGUUCAACUACGCUGGCUGGAGGAAGACAUGUGACACACUGUUUGUCAUCUUCGCCCUGGUCUUCCUGCUAACACGACUAGUGGUCUUCCCUGGCAGAAUAGUCCACUCCACCCUGGUUUUGUCCUUGGAUUUCUUCCAGCCUUUCUUUGGCUACUACUUCUUCAAUGCCCUGCUGUUGGUGCUGCAAGCUCUGCACAUCUUCUGGGCCUGGCUGAUCCUUCGCAUGGUCUACAAGUUUGUCUUUAUGGGCAAGGUGGAGAAAGACGAGCGCAGCGAUGAAGAAAGCGAGCCAGAGGAGGAAGAGGAGGCAGAGGAGGAAGAGGAGACUAGCUGGGAGCAAAGAAAGGGUGCACUCAAUUCCAAAUUGGCUUCGCUUGCCAACAAUUGUGUCCUGAACAACCUGACCAACCAGAGAAAUAUGAACAGCAGACUACCCAAAGCCAGAUAGUACCACUCUCUUUUCGCACUAGGUUAAACUUAGAAUGUUUUCCU